CACCCAAGGCGCCAUUGUCGCGCGCAGCAGCUCGAUCGUAGACAAGUGGAGUGCAUACUUGUGUGGUAGGCGGCGAGCGAGAGAGAGGCCAAACGCUGGACGGAAGAGAGGUGGAUCAUACUCAUAGCACGCACGGUGCUCCCCCUCCCCUCGUCUCCGUUCUCGUUGUGGUGAAGAUGACGAUGGAGUGCAGGAAGAUGACGCCCGUCCUUGCCCUUCUGCUGCUGCUGUCGUACCUUCUUCUUCCCCUCGUCUCCUCCGUGCCUGUGUCGAGAAGCGUGGCAUUGGGAAAUCAUCAAGCCUCCGCUUCUAGUCUGAAUCUGGAGGCGGUGCCUGUUCAGGGCGUCGUGACGACGGCCGCUGAGGAGCGAAGCGUCGGCGAAGUGGUGGCGCGGAUGGACAUCGAGGUCAACGACUACCCUGGAUCCAGCGCCAACGGCCGCCAUGAGCCGCCUAGGAGCCCCGGGAGGGGGUGAAGCGCCGAUCUGCA